AUGACUUCCAAGAUGGUGCCAACUGGAGCUACAAGUGAUGAAGACGAUGAUAUCUCAAUUACUUCAACUGUUGGCAGUGAGCCGCAGUCUGAAUAUGAAGUGGAAUCUAUUCUUGCUCAAAAGAGCUUCCCAAAUGGUGAUGCGUAUCUGGUAAAAUGGGCUGGCUAUCCGUUGGAGAGGGCAACAUGGGAGCCGGAGGACUCCUUUUGUGAUCCGAAUAUUUUGCUGGCAUGGAGGAGGAAAAUCGCAUCUGGGGAGCAUGAGUCGUUAGGUGUGGAUGUGGAUGACUUGGCACGCAGGAUUGAGGAAAUUGAAAGUGCAAAACUCGACAGGCGUCGCAGGCGUUGGGCAAAGCGCAUUCGUCUCGGGAUCCCGGCAUCCCCUUUGACUGAUGGUUCUGAUGCCGUUUCUGCUGGCCAGGACAGCGACUCGAACCUUGAUGACUUUAUCAUUGACGAUGAUGUUGAUGUGGAGGGCGAAGAUGAAGAAGAAGGGUGGCAGUCAUUGCGGAGGAAACGACAACGCUCAUCCAGCACCAAAACAACAACCCCCCGCGCAGGAAUGGCUGCUUCUCCUUCGCUGCCCAGUGGCACCCCAAGCAAGCGUCAGAUUCCGGCUUCAAUAGCGCCAUCAUCGACUGGGUUUCCGAACAAAAGGAAGAAAAUCGAUACGACUUCGACAACCAGAUCUCCUGCAACUAAUAAUCAAUCCACACAGUCUUCAAAACCGACAUCGUUAGUAAAGCAAAGACAAACUUCAAAGGACUCUCAGAAUGCCCCUGCACGCCACCAAACGCGGCCAACUUUGAAGGUACAAACCUCAUCCUCCACUAAUCCUUCGUCCUCAGAACCUACACAAUCUGCGAAGUCGACUGCGCAGGUCAAAGUGCCCUUGAUCCCCACUGGGCCAGCGAACCGAACUGUUCCCGUCCUCACAAAAAAACAAAAUGCGUCAAAGCCAAAACUCUUCCGCAAUUUAUCCUCUAAAAACAGAUAUGAGAAAACCAUGCGGCGGGACGUAAUACCAGAUAUAAGGCAACUGGAUUUAAGACCACCAGGCAAAUGGAUUGCGUCCCAGAAUGAUAAAACUCCGCUAUCUGCAUCGCCGUCCCGACUGCAUGCACCUCGCAAUUCAGAAAGCUUCGUUGAUCAAAACGGUCCCCACCGUGAUGCUAACGAUCAUUCUCAUUCUCAAGGCAGUCCAGGGGUAGAUGGGCCAGUUGAGGCGAGGAGCAGUUGCCAGCCAGAUCAGCUCCAACUCGCCUCGGUACAAUCGCCAUCAAAAUCGCUUCAUAAAGGCUCUCCUAGUAGUUGCAGUCCGGGAACAUCUGUUCUCCCAUCGGUAUUUUCUCCAAGCAAAGCCAAUUCCAUAGAAUUAUAUGAUAAAGGUCCACCAAAGGGAAUGAAAGGAACUGGCACCGGUUUCCAAUCACAGGCAAAAGCCGUGGUCCACCUCCGAUUUGGACCAACGGGCAAGGAAAUAGGCGAUGUCAGAUUGGGAGGCCUGACAAGAAAAACGGUUCGGCAAUUGUUACUCCUUAAAUCACAAAACAAGAUUGAUAUGCAUUUUAAAGAUGUGUGCAACCUUGACCAAUACAGACAAUUGUGUGACAGAAGAAAAAACAUAAAAUACUGCAGCGGCUGGGUACUUGCGUCUGGCGAUACUACCUUCGCAGUUAAUGAACUAGCGAACUACUUGAGGGACAAUGGGUUGGCUGCUUUAUGGUACCACCCAAGUGAGGAUGUCUCUUCGGUUAUCAUAGCCUUUGCUUUGGAUUGUCCAGAUUGGAAUUUUUUAAACGGAUCGAAUGAGUAUCCAUCUGCGAGACUCCGGAUUGCUGUACGGAGUGCUCUUGCUCUUGUUAGUAGCCUUCGGCCCAUCGCUGCUAAGGAAGCACCAUACCAUGCCGGCGAACGCAACACGAGCAGGGAGGAAAGCCGCCUUUCCAUGAACCUGCAGCCGGCGCACCCGGUAGAGCCGAUGGCGAAGGAAGAUGAAAAAAAUACCUCACUAUCGAAAUGCUUAAUUGCUGCCAACGGAGCUGUGGAUAUUGAAUCCGUUUUCCGAGACCGGUUCAGCAUCACGUAUGAUGAGCUGAGCGUUGUGAAUACCAUUAAGAAAGAACGCGCCGCGCGAGCCUUUUACUUACAUUUCCCACUCGAGGUGGAAGAUGAAUUCCAACUGGUCUUGCGCUUCUUAAAACGUUAUGAUAUGGUUGCAUUCUCUAAUCGCAUUGAGGGCGAUUGGGAAAAGUUUGUGAAGACUGCAACAACAGGCACUAUUCUGAAAUUCAUUCAUUAUGAAAAUAUGCCGAUGCUUGCGAAGCUUUUACGAGCUUCCGUGAACGUGUUCAAUAUCUCUCUUUCCGAGCCUAUUAAAUACCUUGAUCAUGACAGCCACCUCCAAAGACUGUUCCCACAUGGAGGAAUUAUUCUAAUGACCGAAGACUUCAUAUUGAAAGAAUCAGAAGCGGCCUUAAAAGUUCUAAACUGGUUCGGAAAUUUCAUAGGGAGAAAGUUCCCUGGGACUUGGAAGAUGUUUCUACGGCCGAACGUGCAGCACUGGCUGUUUGAUCUUUGUGGAAGUUGGCCAGACGACACUGAGCAGGAAUUUCAAGCUAACUUAAUCCAAACCUCCCUCGGGCCUUUCCCUCCCAUAAAUCAGAUCGAAAUCAUGGACUACCCAGAAUUCAAGCGAGAACUCAUGGCAUCCCCUACACACAACGCCGGCAAUAGCCAAAGUGGUAAAAAUAAUCAGAGCGGCAAAUACACCCACCAUUCCGUUCCCAGCUCCGGGCGUGGCGGUGGUCACGGGAACGACCGCGAGAAGGUCCCAACGACAGCCUCAGAGGCAGGGCCAAUAGAUGCUUCGCGCGGGAAAUAG